UUUAAUUGUUGUUCACAGCUAUCUGCUAAGGACAAGUCAGGAUGACUGACAGUCGAGACCAGUGCAGUUGCUGCAGCCAAGUCUUUAUAAUCUAUCCCAAAUUAGGUGGGCGACAAGCAAAUGAACAUUAGCACAGACACUGUGGCCUAAUGGAGAGUGGGCAAAGUACAGAGAUGAAGGCCUUCAGCAGAAGAAACAGCAGUUGGAAGAAGUCAUAGAGGAUUUGGAGGAGAAGCUUUCUCGCUCCAAGAAAAUGGCUGCACAAUCCCCAACAGUCAGUGAGCUUCCCUUGGAGGAGCUACUGGCUUUAUAUGGAUAUCAAGUAUCCAAUCCACAGAAGGAAACAUGUCCUAUAACCACCACUCUGCCAGAUAUGACCCUGGAUAAGGAUCAGAAGACGAAGGACCUGUUUCAUGGCAAGAAAGAGAAACAAGCUUCAGCCUUUGAUCUCACCUCCUCAAACACCUCAGAUUUGCUGCCCAGCCUCCAGGACGGAUACAAAGCGACGACUGUCAGCUCAUCAGACGACGACACUGAUGAUUCUUCUAUUCCGUCCAAUGAAGAGCACAAGGAAAUCAUGGUCGGCUCCAUGUAUCAAGCAAAAAUCCCACCAAUAAAUCCACAUUUAUCUGAGGAGAGAGCUUACAACCACGACGACCAGGUGCUGUGGAGGCCUGGGGUUUUGCCUGUACAGGAAGUAGAGAAAUUUUUGCAGAAUGUACAGAGACUUGGUGGCAAGGAGGGGGCGGUAUGGACCCAAACGGCCACUAUCCAAGACAAUGAGCAGGCACUGUAUGAACUAGUGAAAUGCAACUUCAAUGCAGAAGAAGCACUGAGACGGUUACGUUUCAAUGUGAAAGUAUUCAGUGAGGAGCUGUGUUCUUGGAGCGAGGAGGAGUGUAGGAACUUUGAGAAUGGCUACCGUGUUUAUGGGAAAAACUUCCAUCUCAUUCAGGCUAAUAAGGUACGAACUCGCUCCGUUGGUGAGUGUGUGGCAUAUUACUACAUGUGGAAGAAAUCGGAGCGCCACAUGUUCUUCACCCAGCAGGCCACAAGGGUGAGCCGAAAAAAGUACAUCAUGCAGUCGGAGAACAUUGAGGAUGGAGACCAGGAUGGAGAGGGUGGAGAUCUCGAGGGAAGCAACAGUUCUUUGGGGUUACUGUCACAGAUCUCAAUAACCUCUGGACAAAUGGAGUCCCGGUUUCCUUCAAGUACAAGUCUGGAUCUAAACAAACAAGACGGUGAACUGGUGAUGAGUCUGUCCGAGCUGUGUCCCGACGAAUGUCCUCAGCAGCUCUUCGACUGUCCGUUCUCUUACCCAUCCAUGGACGAGCUUGGAGACGCUGACUCGGAUCGUCCCUCAGCUCCGGUUCAGCUCCAGUCUCAGCCCUCUGACCAGUGCUCUGAGUGGGGCCGUGGAAACCCGCCGUCCCGCCUUGAUGACGACCACGGCUUCCUGAACUCCUGUUUCUACCACCUGCAGAUGCACGGCAGGCCCUUCGUUUCUGACGGCCCUGGUUGUGGUGCCGCAGGCGGUGGGACUCACGCCUCCCGCAGGCUGCAGGUGGAAUUUAACCUUCCCUCCACCUCGGCUUCCUCGGCCGCUGUUCUCUCAUCAAACUUCCAGGCGUUUGGCAGCCUGCUGCACCCCUAGCCCUUUUAACUUUUGGGCAGAGUGUAACGUACACAGAAGAAUAUCAUCCGUUUACUCUCUCUGCAGACAGAUAUUUAAUUGGUCAAACAGUUUUUACAUUUGAAAAAGAUGGAGCUGUUGCUCUGGAGGAGGCCUUACCAUCAACGUCCGUCCGUUGUUGAAUGCUGAGUGUUUAAUUUAUGACUGUCAGCCAUUGAUCGUGUUUAUAUCUAUUAAUUACAAUUUGUAACAACACAGUGUAGGGGAUGAAAGCUGCAGACCAGUUUUCUCAAUCACAUCCAUUUUCUGAGUCGUAACUUAUUCAGGUUUUUUUUUUUUCUUAUCAUUAUUCCUGGGAAGAAAAAGUUGGGCAAAAGAGCCAGCAACUUGUUUGUCUUUUUUUCUGUUGCUUUUAUUGCUGCUGUUGUUUCAGACGAUUUUCCAUCACACACAUCAGAUGCUCAAUCUUGGCAAGUUUUUUUAUAUGGAAAUUAUGUUCCCCCCUCUUCCUCCACCCUGCCUGUUGUGUUUAGGUUUUCUAGCAGAACUUUUUCAUAGUUACAAUGAAACCUGUAAGAAAAUUGUAUAUAUAGAUUUGUUUUAAACAUGAAGCCACAAAGGAGCUCUAUAAUUCAUUAAAACUUCAUUCUACCCAUUUUAAUAAGUUGAUUAAAUUGUACUUGACAUGCGUGAAUCAAUUGGCCAGAGAACUGAGCCAAAUUUGACCCUGAUUGUCAAGUCAAAACCUUUAACCUGUUGGGGUUUUUUCAGUUAAUUAAAUGCAUAAUAAUGAGCUACACCCACUAUUUUCUGUCUACAAUGCAUCAAUCAACAACAUGAACUCUGCUGCAUCGGCUUCUUUGUCUGAUUUUUGGUAAAUCAGAUACAAAUUAGGAUGCUAUGCUUUAAUUUUAGAAGUAGGGAUACUGGAAAAAAAUGUAUUGGUGCAUUCUUUUCCUUUUUUACAUCAAAUGCAAUAUAAACAGGUUUAUAUAUCACUGACUUCUGUGUCUCCAUGUACAGUUUGUCAGUUCCUGCAAGAUCAUUGUAUAUCUUAGCAUAUAAUGAGAAGCACUCGUCCUUGAACGGCUUCAUGUUUAAGGAUGAAGCCGGAUGAAGGAUGAAUGUUCUAGUCUGAAGGGAAAGUUCUCUUCUUCUUUGUUUUCAUCUGGUUCACAUUCCUUUCAGCCAAGGAGUGACCCGUCCUUUACUUCCAACCUGAACUUCUGGUUUCUGUCUGGGCUUUAUUUAUUAUUAGCUGAAUACUCCCAAUUUUCUUUUAAAAAAAAAAAGAACAACUGAGUUAUGCACAUUUGCUAAUCAACAUUGGGAUCAUUAUUUCAUCAGAAUAUGUUUCAGGUGUGAAAUUACUCUGGUUUAAUCGAUAACGUAAUACAGCUCUUGUUUUGAAUCCCUGCCGUUUCUUUGCUUUUUGAUUUACAAAAAAGCCUGAAUGAAGCAAACUUCUUUAAAGUAAACAAACGGCAGCACUCAGGAAAUGUAUGUAGAGUAAAAAUUGUUCAUGUCUGACUGGGACAAGCAAUGUCCCAGUCAGACACUUUAUUUGCUUAUUUAUCUAAUAAUGGUAAUAAGAGUUAAAAUGCCCUUUUUUAGUCAUGUUCAUAUUGUUUAUAUUUACGUGUUGUUGCAUUUUGCCGACUCUAAAAGAGCAAAAGGUUCCACAGAUGAACUGGACCCACUUCGUCUGUUUUCACUCAUUUCUUAUUUCCUUUUCUAACUGGCUGUGUGAUCCAUGUUGAAAUCAGAGUCCAUCUUUUUAUUUCAUUUUAUUUUUAAAAACACAGGUAAAGUUGAGGCAAGACGGUGAAGACAGAAAAAAAGGAGCGGAAAUCUUUUAUUUCCUUUUGUUCUUAAGAAUAUGUAUAGGCACAUACAUGUAUUCAAAUUAUAAAUUGCUUUCAUCAUAUUUCUUUUUAAAUAUAUUUUGUAAAUAAAAUGUGAAAUUAAACUUACCAGUGUAAACAUUAAACUGUAUUGUUAUUUAAAUCACUCUGAAAUGAUGUAAUCUGAUCUACUUGCAGUGUUCUGGCAUUUGCUUUAGUUGGUCCCUUUACCUAAAGACGUAGUUUGGAUGGAGAGGUUAAAAAGAAUGGAAAAUGAUGUCAUUUUGCAAAGAUAUCAAUCACCAUUUAAUCCAGUUUCACCAUUCAGUGUACUUUAGUAAGACUAUCAGAAUCCCACAUCUUGGUUUGGCAAUAUCUGAGCAUGAAAGUUUUCCAAAUUUCUCAGAUUCUGAGGACAUUUUUUGUUCACACUGCACGUCCCACUAGAACAUUUUAAAACUGAAAUGUAAUUUGAAGUCAUUCUUUUAUUAGUUUGAUAAUUUAUGCUGAUAAAUAAAAUCUCUAUCUUCAGUUUUCUAUCAGGGAUCUGAAGAUUUUGGGGUCAACGCUGCUAGAAAGUUAGAAACGUUUUAGUUCCAUCUGAAAAUAAAAUAACCCCAGAUCAAUAUUCUA